ACUUGAGACGCUAAGCAGAAGGACGGGAAGUAGCUUAAGCAUGGAGCAUCGUAUUUGAGCAACCUAGCUUAGCUUAUAUAGGCUACUUGCAAAAUAAGUUGUCCUAGCUCUUUACCUAGCUGAAUAUGGAUAAACUUUAUUUAGUUGUACUUUAUUCGCUGUGUUAAUUUUUCCGUUUGUAAACCGUGCUUUCUUUAACUACGCUGCUAAUAUGAAAGAGUACCGAGUUAGCAUUCGUGCUAUCUGAUUGUUUAAUGGUACUCUGCAGUCGUUUUAUGUUGUUAUGGCUUUCUAUGAAGUCUAUUCUCAUCCGGCUUUGAUUCGGUACAAAACCAGCGUUUGCACGAAGGCAACGUUGUUUCUGGUUGUUGUUUUGUGUCUUACAUACAUUUCACCUCUACUGGUUGCUUACAGAAGCCAAGGUUUCUGGAUCAAGAGGAGCUCCUAUGAGGAGCAGCCUGUUGUGAGGUUCCAGUAUCAAACUAUUUUUGUUGCAUCGACCAACACCAAGGGAGACUAUGUAGCCUGGAGUACUUUUUCCAGUUUUAACAACAUGCUUGGGCCCAACCUCCGUAUUCCUACAAUAUCAGUUCAGGAGCAGGACCAGAACCAGGAUGGCAAGUUGGACCGUCUAAUCUUGGAAGUGCAGCUCCCUCUCAAGCCCGAGGAGGAGGUGUACAGCGUGCAGCUGCUCCUCACAUUCAGCUACCAGCUCUUUAGGAUGUCCACUGUGGUGAUGCAAAGCCUGGCCUACAUCCAGCACUCCUCUCCGGUUCCUGGAGCCCAGCUGUUUGUCGCCGGAGACCUGAGGUUACAGCAGAGAGUCCCGCUGCCUCACCGCGGCCUCUACAACGUUUACAACGUAUCAGUGAUUGAUGGCUCCAGUCCAUUUGCCAGUGCAUACAAUCUGGUCAAUAUAAUCAAGGCCUAUCAGGAACGUAAUCUGACCACGACCUUCUCAUGCCCAAGCCCAGUAUGGACCGUAGGAAGAGCAACCGGCUCCCCUUUCAAGCUCAGCACUGAGAUACGCUACCCUCUGGAAGUCAUCAGCUACCGACCUGGGUUCUGGGAGACCAUCAAGGGGGCCUGGAUCCAGUACGUGAGCGUGCUGCUAGUCUUCCUCUGGGUCUUCACUCGCGUCCAGACCUUUGUGUUCCAGAACCAGGUCCUUCCCUCCCUGCCGGUCCCCAUGGUGAAGCUUCAUCCAAUGUGAGCCCCUGCUGGUGAUGGGAACACCAGAGCGGUCUCAAUAGCUCCAGAGGCUAGGCCGAGGAGCGGGGUGCGGUGCGUCUGGUGAUGACCACUGGGGGAAUAUUAUUUUUAUGAGCACAUGUACGCAAGCAAACAGCCGCCAGCUAUACAUAAUGAGUCACUUGACUGUGACACCUUGACCAAAAUUGUAUAUGUUUGUUUUUCAACAUGGAUUUCAACGUAAUAAAUACAAUUUCUUAUAUUUGUA